GCCCAGAGGAAAUACGCCGCACUGCGCGUGUCUCAGCGCUCCGAGUGGGAACUGGAACGAAGGCGUUCGUUUUGGUUCACUACUGUCGUCGUCGUACACGCCGUCUCCCUCCUUUCUCCUGCAGUUCCGGCCGUUAUGUCUCGACAGCCACGACAAAUGCCGCCAUCGAGCGCAUACUACGCCGUCCCGCAAAGUCCUGGGCCACGCUCGGCGCAGGGCUACCAUUCACAAUACAGCACUUCGCGACACCCGACGCGAACGCCGUCAGCGAGCAGCAAUGCGGGGAAUGUUAAUGGGCGGGGUGAUAUGGCGCAGGAGGUAGCGACGGGUGCGAUCGGUGCUGGCUAUGGCCCUUACUCACAUACACCCAUGACGAACGGUGGGUACAAUGCCUCCCGUUUUAGCGCCGCGCCUUCAGAAGUUUCAACAACAACCGCUGGCGACAAGUCGACGGCGCCCUUAGCGGGAACAAGCAACACCGUUCCAGCAUAUUUGUGGGACACAAAAGAUCCAGACCUGGACGACGCAUUACACAACCCUGAUCCCAUACGGGAUGCCGCCCUCGAUCGCUCGUUUACACUCUUCUCUGCCCGAGGAUGGGCCAACGCUGGUACCCUUUUCAUUCUGGCUGGCGGCAUCAUCGCUCUCUUUGCCGGCUAUCCCAUCGCUGCCUACUACAAUCGCGCACAGCUCACCGCUGUCGGUUACAACUAUGGCGGGAUCAACGGCUCCGGCCAGAUUGCCGACUUACCAGGAAUGCCAUCGCUCAUUGACCCAGAAACUCCUCAGAGUGCAUACGCAUACACAGGGACGGACGGCAAAUCGUACAAGUUGGUAUUCAGCGACGAAUUCAACACCGAUGGGCGGACGUUUUACCCGGGUGACGAUCCAUACUGGGAAGCGGUAGACCUUCAUUACUGGCCCACCGGUGACCUCGAGUGGUACAGCCCAGACGCAAUCACAACGCAAGACGGCAAACUCGUUAUCACCCUGAGCGAGUUGAACAACCACGAUCUGAAUUUCCAGAGUGGCAUGUUGCAGGGGUGGAACAAGUUCUGCUUCACCACGGGUUACGUUGAGGUAUCUAUCAGCAUGCCUGGAAGCCCCAGUGCACCUGGUCUGUGGCCUGGUGCAUGGACUAUGGGGAAUCUGGGACGGGCAGGUUACGGUGCUACUACCGAUGGUACAUGGCCGUACAGCUAUGACAGUUGCGACCUCGGUACUUUCCCCAACCAAACCGCUAAGGACGGCACUCCCGCUGCUGCCGCCACUGGCGGCAAUGACGGCGGGCCGCUCUCUUACCUUCCAGGCCAGCGUGUCUCCGCGUGUACAUGCCCAGGCUCCGACCACCCCGGCCCCAGCGUUAACAAGGGCCGCAACGCACCCGAGAUCGAUAUCAUCGAGACGCAGAUCGACACGACCGUGAUGCGCGGAGAGGUUUCCCAGUCGUUCCAGACUGCGCCUUACAACCUCAAGUACCAAUUUCAGGACCAGCCACCGGCGACGACGAUCUACGACUCGUCGAUCACGCAGUUCAACACGUACAAGGGCGGGCCAUUCCAGCAGGCGAUGUCGGCGGUGACGUACAUCGACUCGACGUACUAUGGCGGAGGGGACGGAGCGUAUGCGCCUUAUGGGUUUGAGUGGUGGUCAGACCCGAACAAUCGGAAUGAUGGGUAUAUUACGUGGUUCAGCAACGGGCAGAAGACGUGGACGUUGACGGCUGCAAGUAUCGGGCCUGAUUCGCAGUCGGAGGUCAGCCAGAGGAUUAUCCCCGAGGAGCCUAUGUAUUUGAUCCUCAACUUGGGCAUGUCUCCACAAUUCCAGCCUGCUGAUUAUAAGCAUCUUGUUUUCCCGAGCAAGAUGUACUUCGACUACGUCCGCGUAUAUCAGCGGGAGGAUGUCGACCCGAAAUCAGGGAUUGGCUGCUCGCCCAAGAGCCACCCCACGGAGGAUUACAUCCAGGAACAUCUGAACGCGUACUCAAAUCCCAACCUGACAACAUGGGAGCAAGCAGGAUACACCUUCCCUCGAAACUCACUAUACGACGGCUGCUAAGCCCUUGCAUCUGCUUUCAUUUCGCAUUGCUUGUUUCGAACGCACGGACUUGUACUCCUAUCUACUUUCUUUCGUAAUACACUCACCCACGACCACCGACACGACUCCUGCCGUCAUACCUAUUCUCCACUGUCGAUACCAAUCAUCUCGCCGCCUUGGUUUAGGCAGUGCGUCGUGCUCAUGAUUUGCUACUCGAUCUCGUUGUACAUACCACGAUAGUCCGGACAGACAUUAGCUAGAUGUGUAAAUCACAACCUCUUGUUCCCGUUCCACAUGCUUUACAAUACGAUGGGACUAGUCUUCGGAAUUCUUACUCACGUUGAUGUAGGCAUGCCCUGACGAAAUGUGCGAUUGAAUUACAAGUCUGCUUUGGCAUUAUGCUCUGUAUAGUACGUAAAGUCUAUCUCGUUCAGCUUUGGGGAAGGACAUCGGGCGCCUUGGGCCGCCACGUCCCCACCCUAUGAGUCUCGCUCAGUCCCAACAACUCCACCAUCUCCUUAGCUCGCCCCUGCGUCAUGCGCCCCAGGACCACUUCCUGACGCGUUCGGUUCGCGAUCCUGAAUCGCAAGCCGACGUGCUGGUAGUCUUCCCAUUCAGCCCUUCCCCUGAGCAGCAUCCUCCAGAACUCAAAGGCCAACUCUGCAGACUCGGCCUUCAGAGAGGCAUUCACGCAGAGCUUACCAGUGUUGGGCGUCGGAAGAUAGCUCUGGUGCCUGCUGGCCCUUAUCAUCUUCAUGACCGCGUUGAGGUUGCUUCUGAGUCGCUCGGGCGGAUCGGAGUUCAUGCUUUGUGUGACGCUCGCAUGUAUACCCGCGGUCACUCCUUUCAUCGAGAUGCCCACAUCGAGAUCGGCCGCCAGGCCCAGCAGCCAGUCGACGAGCUCCAAAUCGCCCGCGGCCAUUCCGGCGCUCAUAACCGUCCCAAAGGUGACCCCGUCCGGCCGGAGGCCUUUCUUCACCAUCGCGUCCACGACUCGGGCAGCAGCUCGGACG